UCCCCUCACAAGGCAUUUUCCCGCCUCCCGCCCACCGGUCUCCAGCGCUGAGAGGAGCGGCUCCGGACCUUUACACUCUGCACACAGCCCCCGGGAGAUGCAGCCUCUGCCGCCCGGGGACCUGUCCCAGCUGGAGCUGGUGGGCAGCGGGGGCUUCGGGGUGGUCUACAGGGGGCGUAGCACCAAGCUGGGGAUGGACAUCGCCUUGAAGAACACUCUGAGAGACAGCGCUGCUGAUUCAGAAAGCCUCAUGAAAGAGAAAGAGAUGAUGUCCCGAGCAAAUUACACCUAUGUUCUUCGUCUGCUUGGCUUAUACGAGGCAGAAGGGAGAAAACAUUCUAAAUAUGGCCUGGUCAUGGAGUACAUGCCAUACGGUUCAGUUUGGACUCUUUUUGAACACAUUAAACAUGUACCAUGGGCAGUGAGGUUUCAGAUUCUUCACCAAGUGGCAUUGGGUAUGAAUUAUCUUCACCAUGUUCUGGAACCGCCAAUCAUCCAUCGUGAUCUGAAGCCCCAUAAUGUCUUAUUAAACAAGUCCUUAGAUGUUCAGCUAACAGAUUUUGGCCUUGCUAAACAUGAAGCAUCCAUCUCAAUGAGUCAGUCUAUAGUGGGCACUGUGGCCUACAUUCCGCCCGAAGCCUUCGUGUCUGUCACUUACAAGCCUACAAAAGAGUUUGAUGUUUACAGUUUUGCAAUCUUGACCUGGGUGGUGUUGUCUGGUCAGGAGCCGUAUGAAAAUGUAAACAUAGAAUUGAUAAAGGUGCUUAUUCCGCAAAACCAGAAACAUAGACCUGAUUUGAACCUGGUCAACAAGUGGACAUCUCAGAAAAUGGUUCCUGAAGCUAUACAGCUGAUGCAGGAGUGUUGGGAUGCCGAUCCUGGUAAAAGGCCCAGCUUUUAUGCCAUUAAUGGAAGAACCAAUGAGAUGAACGCUGCCUACGCUGGUGAGAUUCACAAUGAAGUUGUUAGGGUUUUGGAUGAACUCAAAAAACAUAAGUCUUCACAUUCUCAGACUUCAGACAACCCAGAUUGUAGGCCGAGGUCAAAUCCUGAACCUUGCAUCCCAGACAGCACUACCAUCAGUGUAAGUAUUUUCAGAGACAUUCUACAUGAAGACAAAAAUGGAGCAGCCAACAUUCCUGAUAGACCUGCUUCCACAGAGACCUCCAGUCCAGACAUUGCAGAUGCAGCAGGUUUCUUACAAUCAAACUUUGCACAGAUUGUUCAAGCCAAACCCGACCUGAGUGAAAUAUUAGAUGUCCUCUUCUCCAAAAGUACAUUGACACAAGAGGAACUAAACUUCAUAACCGUCGGCUCCGUCCAGGAACAGAUCAGGAAGACGUUACUCAUGAGCAUCAACAAGGGUCAGGAGAGCUGUAGGGAGUUUCUCCAGCUCAUGAACCAUUACCAUGAAGGAUUGAUGAGAUCACUGAAACAAGGCGUGAUUUGAAGAAUUGUUGGAGUUGGUAUUCCAGACAUGAUGCCAUUAAAUGGGCAUUCCCAUCCCAAAUAUUCCCAACUGUGGGACCCGCACCUUCCUCUAGACUGUAGAAUGGAGUCACUCGUAUCCGCCCGGCCUGGAUGCAGCAGUCAGAGGCGUUUGGACUUACUGAAGCAGCCCCAUUCAUCUAUUUGGGUCUGACCACUUUUGGCUGCUGCAUGCAGGUGGGGCGAGGUUGGGAGACCCCCAAACAUAGAUGGGAAAUUCCCUGUAGGAUAAACAAUCAUGUGAAUAAACUUCUUUUCUUAAACCAUUCAGUGUUUUAUAGUUACAUAGAAUGAAAAAAGGCACAGGUUAUUAAAGUUAACCCAUUGUUAUAUAGCUUUCAGUGCUUAAAGGGCACCUAUCAACAGGAUCAAACUUAAUGAACUAGUAGGGUUCACCCUGCUGAUUAAAAUGACACCGGUCUUAUGAAAAUUGGUUGUAGAGUUCCUGAGAAAAAAUGACUUUUAUUCUUUAUGCAUUUGUGGGCUUCAUCACUCUGAGGGGCGGGGCCUAUACACUCAGUGCAUCUCAGCUGUCUGGGACUGGCCACGCCCCUUGGUUCACUGGAGCCCCCAGUUACAUGAAAAAUAAAGGUCUGUUUUCUUGGGAACGACACAACCGAUUUUCACAAGAUAUGUAUCAUUUUAAUCAGCGGGAUUAACCCUACCAGCCAACUGAACCUACCGUGCAUGGUUUCAUAGAGUUGGUACUGCUGACAGGUGCCCUUUAAUCCUAGCCCUUUUAAAAUGGUGACGUGGUGUCAACCAUUACUACCUCUUGGGCUAGGGCAAUCCAUAGGUUGACUUUACUCGAACUGCAGAGAACCCUUUUUCUGUAUUGAUAUCUGAAUCACCUUUCUUCCACUCGUAAUGAAUUUCCUUUGUUUCUUUGUACACUUCUUGGAAUUAAUAUCUAUUGUGCCAAAUUUUUUGAUCACGCAUAGAUUUAUACAUGUUAAGCACUGUACACGUCAAGAGAAUUGUUUUACAUGUGCCUUUGACAAAAGGCCAACAUCACGCUGUUUUGUCCUCUGCCGAUGGAUAGAACCCAAGCACACCUUUGAUGUAUACUCAGGGAGCCUUCCUUAGAGAGAAACUGUUCUAAACAUUAAAAGUUAUUUGUGA